CGCACAGAGUGACUGUCAGUGUCAGGUUCAGAGUGAAAAGUUUACCUCAUCGUUGAUUUUGUAGUUGAUUCGCUCCGGAAGGUGCUGAAAACUGUUGUUUGCGCAAUUCUCGAAGUUUAUUGAAUAAUAAUUUCCACCGGAAAACUAUACAGCUUUUCGUUUCCAUUUUGCGAAUUCGCCAGCUUCGUUUAAUGUAUCAACAACUUUGCCGUCGCGUCUCAUGGACUACCGUACGCGAGGGUAAUUCGCUCUCAUCAAGACAUUCGUUAAUCAUUAGAACAUCGAGAAGAUUUGUGCACAACAGUAGCAGCAAGGCUAGCAACAGAGCCAAUCAAACCGAAAGUAUCAUGGAGACAACCCUGGCGAACAACGCACCACUGCCCAAGCUGUCGUCGAUCGGGACAGUCGCGAUGGGAGCGAGCAAGCUGACUCGAUUUGACAACAUAACCAAGUCGCAGCAGGACAGUCGCAACUACCGCGGUCUGCAGCUCGAGAAUGGGCUGAAGGUCUUGUUGAUUUCCGAUCCAUCUACGGACAAAUCGGCCGCAGCGCUAUCUGUGGAGGUUGGCCAUCUGAGCGACCCGGACGAAAUUCCCGGAUUGGCCCAUUUUUGCGAACACAUGCUCUUUUUGGGGACGAAAAAGUAUCUGAACGAGAACGAUUACAUGUCGUUUUUGUCGGAGAAUGGAGGCAGCUCCAAUGCGGCUACUUACGCCGAUACAACCAAGUAUUACUUUGACGUCGUUCCGGACAAACUUCCGGAAGCGUUGGACCGCUUUUCGCAGUUUUUCAUAGCACCGCUAUUCACGGAAUCGGCAACCGAAAGGGAAAUUAACGCCGUGCAUUCGGAGCACGAAAAGAAUCUCUCUACGGACGUUUGGCGGAUACGACAAGUGAAUAAGUCGCUGUGCGAUCCGAAGCAUCCGUACAAUAAGUUCGGAACCGGAAGUAAAAAAACUUUGCUAGAGGAUCCAAAAUUGAACAACAUCAACAUCCGGGAGGAGUUGAUGAAGUUCCACGCAAAGUGGUACUCGGCGAAUAUUAUGAGUUUGGCCGUGUUCGGAAAGGAAUCUCUUGAUGAGCUAGAGGGUAUGGUCGUGGGAAUGUUUUCCGAAAUUGAGAACAAAAAUGUUACAUCGCCGCAAUGGAAGGAUUUACCUUUCAGAGAGGAUCAGUUGGCUACCAGAGCGAUGAUUGUUCCGGUGAAGGAUUCAAGGUCGUUGACGAUAACGUUCCAAACGGAGGACUUGGAGCGACAUUACAGGGCAGGGCCUGAGCAUUAUGUUAGCCAUUUAAUCGGGCACGAGGGUGUUGGAAGCAUUCUGUCGGAGCUGAAAGCUAAGGGGUGGUGCAAUAAUCUCGUUGGGGGUUACAGCACGGUCGGUCGCGGGUUUGGAUUCUUCGAGGUGAUGGUCGACCUAACGCAAGAUGGUUUUGAACACGUUGACGAUAUUGUGAAGAUUAUUUUCCAAUACAUAAACAUGCUGAAGAAGGAGGGACCGAAGAGAUGGAUUUUCGAAGAAUACUGUGAUUUGUGUGAGAUGCAGUUCCGAUUCAAGGACAAGGAAAAUCCACUGUCGUUGGUUUCAAGUGUGGUGCAUUCGAUGCAAAGCUAUCCACUGAAGGAGGUUCUUGCGGCUCCGUAUCUGAUAUCUGAGUGGCGUCCCGAUUUAAUCGAGGAUCUGUGGAAUAAGUUCUACCCAAAGAAUGCCAGAAUCACCGUUGUGGGACAGAAAUGUGAGGCUAAAACAAACUGCGAGGAGGAAUGGUACGGAACUAAGUACUGUACCGAAAAAAUUGACGCAAGUGUGCUUGAGGAGUGGGCUAGGAAUGAUGUCAACAGUAAUCUGCAUCUGCCGGAACGUAAUCCGUUCAUUCCGACCAAUUUCGACCUGAUGCCCGUCGAUGCGGAUAUCCAAAGCACCCCAGUCAUCAUCCAUAAUACUCCGAUGAUGCGCGUGUGGUUCAAACAGGAUGUCGAAUUCCUCAAGCCCAAAACACUGAUGAGCUUGGACUUUUGUAGCCCGAUCGUGUACUCGGAUCCCCUCAAUUGCAACCUGACGCAUAUGUUCGUUCAGCUGUUCAAAGACCAUUUGAAUGAGUAUCUGUAUGCGGCCGAUUUGGCAGGGUUGCGGUUAAUAGUGGCUAACACAACUUAUGGCGUUAGCGUCUCCAUCGGUGGAUACAGUCACAAGCAGCAUAUUCUCCUGGAGAAGGUCCUGGAAGAUAUGUACAAUUUCAAAAUUGACGAGAAAAGAUUCGACAUACUUAAGGAGCAAUAUAUACGGAAUUUGAAGAAUUACCAAGCCGAUCAGCCUUACCAGCAUGCUGUGUACUAUUUGGCCCUUUUGCUCACCGAGCAAGCCUGGUCCAAACAGGAGUUGAUCGAUGCUUCAGAAUUGCUUACCGUCGAUCGGUUACGAUGCUUCAUAGAUGAGUUGUUAUCCAGAAUGCAUGUCGAGUGUUUUAUUUACGGAAAUGUGAACAAGGAAAAAGCUCUGGAGAUUUCCGGCAAAGUUGAAGAUAAGCUGAAAAAUACGGAUGCAAGUGUGCUGCCACUUUUAGCCCGACAGCUAAUGCUGAAGCGAGAAUACAAACUCAACAAUGAUGAAAACACCCUAUUCGAAAUAAAUAACGAAUUCCACAAGAGCUCUUGCGCUGAAUUGUACCUGCAGUGUGGAAUGCAGAGCGACCAGUCGAACGUGUACGUCGAUCUAGUCACGCAAAUCCUGAGCGAACCGUGCUACAACCAGCUGCGAACCAAAGAGCAGCUCGGCUACAUCGUAUUUUGCGGCUCACGCAAAUCGAACGGUGUCCAGGGCAUCCGCGUCAUCGUCCAAUCGGCCAACCAUCCGGCGUUCGUCGAGGAGAGGAUAGAGCACUUCCUGAACGGGAUGGUCGACUAUCUGGAGAAGAUGACCGACGAGGAGUUCAAGCGGCACAAGGAGGCUCUGGCCGCCAUGAAGCUAGAGAAGCCGAAGCGACUGUCGACGCAGUUUUCCAGGUUCUGGAACGAAAUAUCUCUGCAGCAGUAUCACUUUAAUCGGGCGCAGGUGGAGGUUGCGUUCCUGCAGACGCUCACCAAGCAGCAGAUCGUCGAUUAUUAUAAGGAAUACAUCGUGAUGGGCGCCUCCCAGCGACGAUCGCUCUCGAUCCACGUGCUAUCCACUGCCGAGGGUGGUGCCGGUCACAAGGAAGCCCCGACUGACGUAGCCAAACAAUCAUCGGACGAUGCCUCGGCCCAGAAGGACUUUGUUAAGGUGUCCGACUUGGCCGGGUUCAAAUCCACCCGGGCGCUCUAUCCGAUGGUACAGCCGUACAUCGACAUUAAACCAAAGGGCAGUAAGUGUAAGCUUUAAAGACGCUAUUCGUCUAUUGUUGAUUCGUUGGUAGGGUAAGCUAAUCCCAUUAUGUAAUGCACGAGGUUGAUACAGUCAUCCGUUUUUUGUUAGCUUAAUUGAAUCAAUCCUUCAAAUAUUAUACAUAAUAGCGUGUUUUUCAUUUUUUUUUUCUAUUGUACAUUAUUGUGGCAAUUUUAAAUUCGCGUUCCUUAGAAAAAGAAAUUCGAAAAUUCAGUUAUAUUUUGUAGGUACUUAACACUUGUUUAUUUUAAUAGCAAUCGAUAAUCUAUAUAAAGCCAUCGUAUAUAAAAAUCACA